AUGGCCAGCAGCUUGGAUGACUUUAAAGCAGGGCUGGGUUUAGACAAAUGGAUGGAGGGCCUUCAUCCUCCUCCUAACCACGAUCUUUGUUGCUUUCUCCCUUUCUCUGCAGCAUGCUUGUGUCAGGUCUUAGUGGUGGUGCUGAGUCUGUGUGAGGCCCUGUGGGCAGCUCCGGGCCCCCGUCCAAAGCCUACAGACUUCCGAGCCGAAUUCGAUUCCAUUGUCCAUAUGGCGAGGAACCUGCUGAGUGACACCAAGAACCUCUUCAACCACUUUAAAAACCGCUACCCAGCAGAAGGAGAACACAAGCUAGAAACGCUGCCUGUGUUGUCCAUGACUGCGGUGGAACUUGCCAACAUCCAGGUCUCUGCGGGUCUGGCUCGGCUCAGCUCCGACUUGCAGUGCUACCAACGCCACUUUGAGUGGCUGCGGAGGGCAGCCCCACUGCUGCUGCGGCCCAUGGAGCACGACAUCACCACAGUGCACAGCCGGCUGGAACGCCUCCUCAAAAGACUGGAGCACCUGAUGACCAAGCUCAGCCUCUCACGGCCCAACGACCCUCUGCCAACCCUGCCAGCCCACGGCACCCACUGGUCUGUGGUUCAGGCAGGACACGCCAUCGUCCACUCAUUUCACCUCUACCUGGACUGGGCAUCUCGCGUGCUGGUUCUGAUCCGGAACAAGCUGUGAACGGCAAAGAAACUGAACCACCAUGGGUAUUUUGGAAAGCCUUCUCACGGACCUGGAACUCUUAGAUGCUGCUUCAGCAAUACCGGUGGAGGAGGGUGCAAGGAAGGAAAGAAAGUCUAUGGAACAGGGCGCCCCUGGAUUCCUCUUCUGGGGGGUGCUGCAAGGGGGGGAUGCUGAGACCUAGGGCCCACUCACACACCUUUCCUACUCUGUGGGGGGUGCAUCGUGAAACAAAAAGCAACUUCCCUUGCCCUUGGAAGGACACAUUCUCCCUCAAGGCUUGGGGAAAUGGUAUGGGGAAAGGGGGGCUUCCCCUUCUUCCAAGGACAUUUUUGCCCUCUCCUGCUCCCUGUUAAUGGAACACUAUAAUCUGUAUGAUAAGCAUUGAUUUGUGUCAAGUAUCGGAGACCCCUUAUAGGUAUAUUCGUGGUGGAUAAUCUGCCCGAAAAGCACCUUGCUCACCACGAUUGUUCUUUCCCUACCACUAGAUUGUGUGCUGCAAUCUAGGGCGCCCUCUCAGCUUGUGCCCCACAGGUCUGGGCAGUGCCCCCAGGGAACUGAGCAGUGUGCGUGAGAAGAUGCCGCAGUUCUGUAGGCCGAGGAGGGGAGGAGAGGAUUCAUUGAAGGCGGGAGGCUUGACCUCUCAUUGGCAGCCAUCCUGAUUUCAUCAAUAGCCCCUGCCAGUUUCUGCCCCUUGUCCACCUGCAAUCUAGUACCACCCCAAAAGUGUGGCCACAAUCUAGCACAGAAUCAAUGGUUUUUAGCAUACCUCAUACAGGCUGUCACUGCACCACACACACACAGAUGGAUUAAUAGGGUAAGUCAGGGUGGUUGCUGUUGUCUUUUUAAAGAUGCCAACUAUUUUAAAGAUAAGAUAGCAUAAAGGGCGUUGGACGCAUCAUUCCCCAUUCUCACACAGCGAGGCAAUGCUUCUUCUAAGAUGCGAUAUCAUGCGUGUCUUGUCUAAAAGCAAAUGACGUUUGCUUUUUAUCCCCUUUCAAAACUAUUGUUACACAUAUACAGAUUUAUGCAGAUUUCAUCAGUUAAUUAUAGCUGGACGACCAAUCAAAACUCAAGAGACAGAAAAGCUUUUAGACGUCUGAGGCACCUUUUCUCAAAAGAGAUGUUCUUGUAGUUGGUAGUUGCUUUAGGCAGUAAUUGAGUCUUACCUUUUGUUUCAACAAUAGGCCAAAAAAAAUCACACAUAAAACAAGCCAUGUUUUUGUUAAAAAAUAAUUUCAUUGGAAAGGAAAGGCAGAAAGUUGAGAUUGUGAAAUUAAUUUUCAUACUCCUGAAAAAGCAACAACGAAUCGUCAAAAGUUCAAGGCAGAUUUGUUUACCAGCAGCGCCCUCUGCUGGAUCAUUUUUGUCAGCCCAGCCAAUACCGUUGCCGCAGUGGGAUACACAAAGGACCAGUUAAAAAACCAAACAAAACCAAUUUCACCUUCAAAAGAGUUUUGGAAUAAAGACUAUUAACCCAAUAUGUAUCCUUCUGAAUGUACCCAUUUGAAUUUUGGCCGAACAUUUCUAUAAAAUGCAUUGAUCAUAGAAUUGUGGAAUUGUAGAGUUGGAAGGGACAGAGGGUCAUGCAAGCCCCCAAUCAUGCAGGAAUCUCAGCGGGAAAAUGCAUUACAGAUGGCGAUCCAUCUGCUUAAAAACCUCCAAGAAUGGAGAGUCCCAUCACCUCCUGAGGAAGUCUGUUCCACAGU